GCGGCCGUGUGCCGGGCUGCGAGAUGGCCGCCGGCGCCGUCCUGGGGCUGUGGCUGCUGGCGGCGGCGGGGCUGUGCGGCGGGGCGGCGGCGGGCAGGUCCCCCAGCUGCCACGAAGUGCGGACGGCGUUCCAGCUGCGGCAGAUCGGGCCCCUCAAGCUGGUCCCCGACGUGCCCACGGCCGAGUCAGAUUUACAGAUCUGUCAACACAGGGCACCGACAUGUUGCACCAAAAAAAUGGAAGAAAGCUACCAGGCAGCUGUUCGGAGAGAGAGGACUCAAAGUAUCCAGGCACUGAACUUCGAACUGAAGUACAUGAUUGUUGGUCACAUCACAGCUUUUCAAGGUAGGAACUUCUGA